CCUCUCUGUCUUUCUGCUCCCGCGCUGUCUCUCUCUCUCUCUCUCUCUCUCUCUCUCUCCCCUCACUCGCCCCGUCUUCCCGGCUCAGCUGCUGCCGCCGCCGCUGCUGCUGCUGGAGUGCCGCGGUGGCGUUGGAGGUGGCGGCAGUGAGAUGCGUUGGGGGUUCUCUGGGCUUGAAGGGAGAGCUGGGUAAGCCAAUCUAGACAGCGUACUGAGGGGGAGGAGGGGGGUCUGUGCUCCCCUGUAAGGCUUAGGCAGCAGGAUUUAUCCGUCCGUCUCCAGGAUGAAGCUCUGCUUUAGCGGAAGGGGCGGCGCCGGCCGGGCGCUCGGUAGCCGCGCGGGCCGGACUUAGCCUCCUCCUGUGGGACGCUAGCGCAUAGAGCGGCUCCCGUGGUCGACCCGCGUAAACACAUGAGAGGGAAGGAACACAGGCAAACCAUGAAAAAGAUAUACAUUGGCAAAACCGCCUUAAAAGUCCCUCGAAACGGCGGCAAACACUCGAAAAAGAGCUCGCUGCUGGAGCAGAAGGAGGACCUCCGGAAGAGGCUCUCCUACACCACACACAAGCUGGAGCUGCUGCAGAGCGAGUUCGACUCCACGCGGCAGUACCUGGAGACGGAGCUGCGCCGUGCGCAGGAGGAGCUGGACAAGUUCACGGACAAGCUGCGCAGAAUACAAAGCGGCUACUCAGCGCUGCAGAGGAUCAACCAAGACCUGGAGGAAAAGAUCCACAGAAGCUCUCAGCACCAUGACGACGAGAAGCGAGCGCUGAGCCGGGAGAUCAUCGUCCUCAACAACCACCUGAUGGAGGCCAAGCUCACCAUCGAGAAGCUGCAGGAGGACAACGAGCUGUACAGGAAGGACUGCAACCUGGCCGCUCAGCUUCUGCAGUGCAGGGCGCAGCUCUCUGAGCUGCCGGCGGACUUUCAGGAGAGGCUGACCAUGCACAUGGAGGAGCCUCCUCACUGUCACGCCUACGCCGACUCGGUCCCGGCCUCUCUGAUCGCCAAGGUUCUGGAGAAGCCGGACGAGGACGAGGACGAGGCCUGCAGCAGCAGCCAGGCCUCGCGCUCCCCCAGCCCCCAAACUCAGGAGCACGCUUUUCUUUUGGAGAGCCUGGGUCCCGGCGGGCGCCUGGGGCUCCGCGCCGCCUAUAAGUCCGACCUGUACAGCAGCGACACGGCGCUUUACUGCCCCGACGAGCGGCACCGCGAGCGCAGGCCCAGCAUGGACCUCCACGGGCAGAGGAAGCUGCUGUACGGGCCCCAGAACUCCACCGACAGCACCCCGGAGGAGGGCUCCGUCGGGCUCAGGGCCGGGUUCUCCCAGGAGCACUUUGCCAAGUUCCCCGCCACUCUGGCUGCAGGCUCCAGCUCCUACUCCAGCUUCAGCGGAGGGGGGUCCGAAGACAAAGGCAACGGACCGCCGAGCAGCGCCGCGUCCUCCCCCCACCACCACUCCCUCUACAUGGAGUGGAGGGACGCGGGGGACUACGAGAGGAAGAGCGACUCCUCCUGGGAGCGGGACAGCCCGAGGGGCUUCGCCAACGCCCACCCCUUCCAGCAGGCCGAGCUGGGCCACCACCAGAACGGCAGCUCGCCCGUCUACAGCCGCACCAUGUCCUCCUGUUUCAGCGAGCCCUACGAGCCGCUGCCUCCUUCCUCGUCCCCAAGCGUCGCCUACGGAGACAGUCGCCGCGGCAGCACGUUGGCCCCGGAGGAGGAGGAGCUGAUUGGCCGGUGGAGGCAGCUGAGCGUGGAGGACUUGAGCGCCCACACCUACCGCAGCCCGGGCCGGGCCUCACCCUACAGCUUCUCGGAGCAGCACUUCUCGGUGCGGCCCGCCAAGAUCCGGCUCGGGCCGCUCUACAGCAGCUUCCAGGAGGGGGCGGAUUACUAUCACCACGCGGCCGGCGCCAUGGACCCGGGCUGGGCCGGCGCCAGCCCCAGCCCCGAGUGCAGCCCCGGGCUGCGCCAGGCCCACAGCCAGGCCCACCUGUACCGGGCCGAGGACAGCCAGGAGUCGGAGCACAGCCUCUACCACUCAGGGAGCUCCAAGGACAGGGAGGGCAACGUGGCGGCGGGAGGCCAGAGCGCCGAGUACGCGGACGCCAGCCCAAACAGCUCCACGGAGUCUCUGAACCAGAGGUCUCUGGAGAUGGCCGCGGAGCUGCAGCACUACCAGCUGGAGAUGCACAGCCUGCCGGCGCCGGCGAGCCAGUCGCCGCCGCCGCCGUCGGCCCCGCCCCCUCCCCCGCCCUACAACCAAAAAUUCGGCUCCCUGGGACUCUCCAGGAAGGACAGUCUGACCAAGGCCCAGCUCUACGGAACGCUCCUGAACUGAGCGCUCCGCUCCGGUUCCGGUUGGGAUGUCACACCUGGCGACCAGGUGACGGUCCGACCAUGAGCCGGGAGCCACCGUGUAACUACAAGCGUUUACACUGCGGCUGCUGCACGGCAGCGCCCGACACACAGCCUUCACAUUUCCUAGAAUGUUUAUGGAUCCAAGUCAAAAAUGUACAAAUAGAUACUUAGAACUACAAAGUGACUGAUAUAUUUUGUAUGCAGUAUUACAAAAAUACACCCACAACAAUCACUCAAAACCCAAACCCUCCUGAUGAACUUGUACAUAAAUUAAACACGAUCUGUAAUUUUAAUUGCGAACUGACGCCCGGAUGAACUGCACACGGAUUCGUUUCAGUCAUUACUUUUAAUCAGCUGUGGAAGUGUUGGCCUUUAAAUAUGAAUGUUGAACAACAAAAAUGAGUAAUGAGCACCAUGCAUUUUGUUUUUCUUCCGUUGGUUGAAGUUGACAGUAUCAGUGGGUGUGCUAUAUUGUUAUUGAUGGAACGUUUCAAGGUCUGUCUUAGCGGUCAGUAUUAUUUGCCUUUCGCUCUAUUAUUUAUCCCAUGGAGAGGUUUUCCUGACCCCACUCUACCUCAGAUUUGAAUGCCCUCGCCCCCGUUCAGCCACUGUAACCUUGUUUCUUUAUAUACAAUGCAUGUUUAUAUAUUUUGGUCGUUUUGUUCACCUAAUAAAGCACAAAUUAUACACAUA